AUGAAGUUCUUCAUCGAUGAUCUUCCGGUGCUGUUCCCGUACCCGCGCAUCUACCCCGAGCAAUAUGCCUACAUGUGCGAUCUCAAGAAGACCCUCGAUGUCGGGGGUCACUGCGUUCUGGAGAUGCCCUCUGGAACAGGCAAGACGGUUUCUCUUCUCUCGCUGAUCGUCGCCUACCAACAACACUAUCCGGAGCACAGGAAGCUCAUUUACUGCUCGCGAACGAUGUCCGAGAUCGAAAAGGCGUUGGCGGAGUUGAAGGCGUUGAUGAAGCACCGCGCAACUGAACUUGGACAUGAAGAAGAGUUUCGCGGCCUCGGACUGACCAGUCGAAAGAACUUGUGUCUACACCCUUCCGUGAAACGAGAGAAGAGUGGUACUGUAGUCGACGCGAGAUGCAGAAGCUUGACAGCCGGCUUUGUGAAGGAGAAGAAGGAGCGCGGGGAAGACGUUGACCUUUGCGUUUACCAUGACAAUCUUGACCUUCUCGAACCGCAUAAUCUCGUCCCCCCGGGCGUCUUUACUCUCGACGGUAUAUUACGAUAUGGAGAGGAACAUAAGCAGUGUCCUUAUUUCUCUGUCCGUCGGAUGAUGCCUUACUGUAACAUCAUCAUCUACUCCUACCACUACCUUCUCGAUCCGAAAAUCGCCGAACGAGUAUCUCGAGAACUCUCAAAGGACUGUAUCGUGGUAUUCGAUGAGGCGCACAAUAUUGACAACGUCUGCAUCGAGUCGCUUAGUAUCGACAUCAGCGAGGAUGUUCUCCGCAGAGCUACUCGAGGCGCAUCCAACCUAGAACGCAAAAUUGAAGAUAUGAAGAGCACGGAUGCCGAAAAACUGCAAAACGAAUAUUCGAAGCUCGUGGAAGGGCUGCAGCAGGCAGAACAAGCUCGCGAAGAGGAUCAGUUCAUCUCGAACCCGGUGCUACCAGAUGACCUGCUCAAGGAAGCGGUUCCAGGAAACAUCCGCCGGGCGGAGCACUUUAUCUCCUUCUUAAAGCGUUUCAUUGAAUACUUGAAGACUCGGAUGAAAGUGACGCAUACUAUCUCGGAAACACCGCCCUCCUUCUUGACACAUUUGAAGGAUCUCACUUACAUCGAACGAAAACCCUUGCGCUUCUGUGCAGAACGCCUAACAUCACUCGUGCGAACUCUCGAGUUGAUAAAUAUCGAGGAUUAUCAGCCGCUUCAAGAAAUUGCCACUUUCGCAACACUCGUCGCAACUUAUGAAAAGGGUUUCGUUCUCAUCCUCGAGCCAUUCGAAUCCGAAGCGGCAACAGUGCCGAAUCCAAUCUUACAUUUUACAUGCUUAGAUGCUGCCAUUGCCAUUAAGCCUGUUUUCGACCGCUUUAGCUCCGUUAUUAUCACUUCGGGAACUUUGUCUCCAUUGGAGAUGUACCCGAAGAUGCUCGGGUUCACGGCUGUCAUGCAGGAGUCGUACAGUAUGACCUUGGCAAGACGGUCAUUCCUGCCGAUGAUCGUUACCAGAGGCUCUGAUCAGGCUCAGGUGUCGUCCUCCUUCGGCAUCCGUAACGAUCCUGGUGUGGUGCGAAACUACGGAACACUUGUCACCGAGUUUUCACGCGUCACUCCUGAUGGCGUUGUCGUUUUCUUCCCUUCCUACCUGUACAUGGAGUCCAUCAUUAGUAUGUGGCAGGGUAUGGGCAUUUUGGAUCAAAUCUGGAACUACAAAUUGAUUCUUGUGGAAACCCCUGAUGCUCAGGAAUCCUCACUCGCCCUGGAAACCUACCGGACCGCCUGCUGCAAUGGACGUGGAGCGAUUCUCUUUUGUGUCGCCCGGGGAAAGGUGUCCGAGGGGAUCGAUUUCGACCAUCACUAUGGCCGUGCAGUCUUGUGCAUUGGCGUGCCAUUCCAGUACACAGAAUCCCGCAUUCUGAAGGCCCGCCUUGAGUUCCUUCGAGAGAACUAUCGCAUCCGAGAGAACGAUUUCUUGUCUUUCGACGCAAUGCGACACGCGGCACAAUGCCUGGGUCGCGUGCUUCGAGGCAAAGACGAUUACGGAGUCAUGGUGUUGGCAGACCGUCGAUUCGAAAGAAAGAGACCUCAAUUGCCGAAGUGGAUCAAUCAGGCAAUGUUGGACAGCGAAACAAAUCUCAGCACAGACAUGGCUGUCUCGAAUGCGAAGAACUUCUUACGCACCAUGGCUCAGCCUUUUAAGUCCAAGGACCAGGAAGGUAUUUCCACCUGGAGCUUGGCCGACAUUGAACGUCACGAGGCAAAACGCAAAAUCGAAGAAGAUCGGAUGAUGAGACAAGAACACACCAAUGGGCACAAAAUGGAUGCUGUCACUUCGUCGGCAUUCGAAGCCGUUGAUGAUGAAUAUGACGACGACAUUGAUCAGGACAUGAUGAUGCUCGACGCGUAG